AUGUCGAGAAUCACUCAACAGUCCAUCACGGCAGACCUCAAAAGCCCAUUUAUCCUACGCAAAAGAGAUAUACAAGACGGACAAGCCGCCCGCCGCCAGCAGGCGCACCCAGCUGGCACCGUCGGUCAUCCUACCCGCCGCGUUCUUCUUGUCGGCGCUCUGCACGCCGUCGCCGCUCGAUGCGACGGUGCACUUGCCUUUGGCGUCGGACGGGACCGCGUUGGAGCCUUGGCCGAUGGCGACGAUGUCGCCGUCGCCGCAGUUGGCGGCCUGCGCGAGGUGGAGGUUCCUGUUUUCCUGGUCGUAGACGACGUAGGCGGCACGCAGGAAGCUCGCCCCGAGAAUCGGCUCGCCGCGCUGGCUGGCCAGGGCCCUGACGCCGAGGACGCACACGUUGCGGGAGGGCCGCCAGAUGAAGUCGGCGUAGCCCACGCGGAUGACCUUGUCGCCAAAGCCAAAGUCGAUGGUGCCGUUGGCCGACGUGGCCUUGUCGCAGUCGACCUGGUAGAAGCCCGAGCGCGAGUCGAGGGUGGCGCCGGGGAAGGCGUCGCCGAUGCCCUUGAACAGCGCCUGCGGCAGCUGGCAGACGGUGCCGCCGCUGUCGAGGAACACGGCCACGCCCUUGGUCAGGCCCUUGUCGAAGACCUUGCGCGACUCGCCGCCCGACGACGACAACGAGAUGGAUGUCAUGUAGACGUAGUACCUAUCUGCGCCCUGCGGGGUCUCCUGCGGCGACAGCAUGGGCGUCUUGGACAGGUCGCCGAUGAACUUGGUCGUGUCGAUCCCGCCAAAGAUGACGGCGCCCGUGCGGCUGUUGACGCUGCGGAGGUCCAGGCUGAAGGCCCGGCUUCGGAUGUGCCUCUGCUCGACCAGGCUCUCCAGCAGCAGGGAGUAGUUGCUCUCCCGGGGGCGGCCGAGGCGGGGGCCAAGGCCCAUGAUGCCCAUAAAGAUAUCGGUCGACUGGGUUGCCACGCCAAAAGUCUGGUUCUUGAUUUCGGUGUUGCCUGGGGAGAGGAUAACCGUGUCCGCCACAUAGCUGAACUUGACAUCCCCAGACCCGUACGUGAUGGUUCCGUUCCUACGCAAGUUGACCGCAGUCUCGCUUUUGCGGGGCUCGUAGUGCACCACGGCCUUGCACAUCGACGUGCUCAACCGGUUCUCGAUGUUGUUGCAGUCGGGAUUGACCCAAAGCUCGGACGAACCAGUGUCGAUGACGACUUCAAUCUGCUGCUUCGGUGUGCCGAUUCCAAUCUCCACCGAGUAGAUCAACCCGUCCUCGAUGUUGGUGACACCCGACUCUACCGACUGGCGCGCCUCGAGCUUGGCCAGCGACACGAUGGCCCUAUCGAUCGCCGCGUCGCCCAGCGCCCGGCGCCGCUCCGAGGUGUGCAGCGGGUAGCGGACGUAUCCAUCGCCAAACUCGGCCGCGCCGCCGUCGUCAACCUGGCGGUGGGCGAGGAGCGGCGGUUGCGGCGACGAAGGCUGGUCUCUGGCGACGACGGCCGCGGUGGCGGUGGAUACUGCAAAUAG